CAGCGAGGGCUGAGAUUGCAGGUGUGGGGAGCUUGCCCGGGUUUUGGGCAAGGACUCUGAUGGGAUCCACAGCUGUGUGGCUCUGGGCCCUGGACCUGCUCCUGUUCUGCGUGGCAGCGUCAGCCCCCACCCCUGUCCCUAGCCCAUCUCCCAAGCCAGGGGCACAGGCUCCUGUGACAGCGUUCCCUGUGUCACCCUCAACAUGGGCCAUGCUGUCCCCAUGUCCCUGAUCAGGAUGGUAGCAACUCGAAGCCCCCUCCCACAGAGCCGGCUCUGAGCUCUCUCCCUGGCGGCUUCCCUGCUCCUCCUGUGCCCAAGAUGAUCGAUCGCCCAGAUGUUGUUUGUGCUGAGGUGGGACAGGUGCCAGAAGCAGAGACAGGAGAUACGGCGAGGGAAUAAGGCAGAGGGAAAGCAGCGGGGAGAGAAGAGGAUGGGCUGAGUGUGGGGGAGAUGGAGACCGACAGGUGGAGAGACACAAAGAGCUAGAGACCCAGAGCCAGGGAGAUGAGAUACAGAUGGAGGGAAGAGGUGUUAAGUUCAUAGAGAUUGCCAGGCGGGGAGCCAGAGGCAGGGGGCAAGAGUGGACGUGGCGUCCAGGUUGGCCAGUGCAGCCCUUCCCCUCCAGGUGCACCCCCCGUGGACGUGCUCCGGGCCCUGAGGUUCCCCUCCCUCCCUGAUGGUGUCCGGAGGGCCAGAGGCAUCUGUCCAGAGGAUAUGGCCUACCGAGUAUCCCGGCCUGCCCAGCUCAGUGCGCCUACCCGCCAGCUCUUCCCAGGAGGCUUUCCCCAAGAUUUCUCUCUGCUGACUGUCGUCAGGACCCGCCCUGGCCUCCAGGUGUCCCUCCUGACUCUCUACAGUGCACAGGGCAUCCAGCAGCUGGGCCUGGAGCUUGGCCGACCUGUCCGCUUCCUGUAUGAGGAUCAGACCGGCCGGCCUCAGCCCCCGGCUCAGCCUGUUUUCCGAGGCCUCAGCCUCACGGAUGGCAAGUGGCACCGUGUGGCCGUGGCUGUGAAGGGUCAGUCGGUCACCCUCAUUGUGGACUGCAAGAAGCGCGUCACCCGGCCCCUGCCCCGCAGUGCCCGCCCCGUGUUGGACACCCGUGGAGUGGUGAUCUUUGGCGCCCGAAUCCUGGAUGAGGAAGUCUUUGAGGGUGAUGUACAGGAGCUCCUGGUUGUUCCUGGAGUCCAGGCAGCCUAUGAAUCCUGUGAACAGAAGGACCUGGAAUGCAAGGAGAGUCAGAGCGAGAGACCUCAGGGCAAACCGUCUCACAGAGCCCAGAGGUCUCCGCAGCAGCCACCGUCGGGACUUCACAGGCCACAGAACCAGGAGCCCCAGCGACAGCCCUCUGAGUCUCUCUACUACGACUACGAGCCUCCCUAUUACGAUGAGAUGACCACAGGGACAACCCCUGACUAUCAGCGACCUCAGAGCCCCAACCACAGGGCUCCCCCUCUCCCUAAGGGGCUUCCCCGAAAGUCUAGCCCACCUGCCAAGAGGUCAGCGGCCCGGCAGGCGCCCCCCUCUCCAGGCCGGAAGCCCUCUCAAGCGGGAGGCGCUGGCUCGGCAAGCAGCCAGCCUGCCCCUUUCCGACCAGCUCGGCAGGCUGCUCCCCCAACUGCCCGGGCCCCCACCAGGACCAGAGGCAGCGGUUACCGGCAGUACCCCACCCCUGGUGAAGAGGAAGGAGUCCUGGAGUCAAGCCCCCUGCCACUCCCCGAGGAGGAGGAGGCAGAACUCCAGGUGCCCCCCACAGCCGACGGGUUCCUGGCAGAGCACUAUGGGGAGGGGGGCACAGGCGCCCCGGCGGGGCUCUACGAUUACACCUAUGGCUAUGGGGAUGAUUAUCGCGAGGAGACGGAGCUUGGCCCUGCGCUCUCUGCGGAGACAGCCCGCCCGGGAGCCGUUGCCCGUGGACCCCGGGGGCUGAAGGGAGAGAAGGGAGAACCCGCAGUGCUGGAACCCGGUAUGCUCGUGGAGGGGCCCCCCGGCCCAGAGGGCCCCGCGGGAUUGGCUGGUCCCCCUGGAAUCCAGGGGAACCCAGGCCCUGUCGGAGACCCCGGCGAGCGGGGCCCCCCUGGCCGAGCAGGGCUCCCUGGAUCAGAUGGGGCCCCCGGCCCUCCCGGCACCUCCCUCAUGCUCCCGUUCCGGUUUGGCAGCAGUGCAGGUGACAAGGGCCCCGUGGUGGCAGCACAGGAGGCUCAGGCCCAGGCGAUUUUGCAGCAGGCACGGCUGGCGCUUCGUGGGCCCCCGGGUCCGAUGGGAUACACAGGCCGUCCUGGACCCUUGGGGCAGCCUGGGAGCCCUGGCUUGAAAGGAGAAUCAGGAGACCUAGGACCUCAGGGCCCCAGAGGGCCUCAGGGUCUCGCAGGCCCUCCUGGCAAGGCUGGACGGAGGGGCCGAGCGGGCGCUGAUGGAGCCCGAGGGAUGCCUGGGGAGCCCGGAGUAAAGGGUGAUCGAGGUUUUGAUGGCCUCCCAGGGCUACCUGGGGAGAAGGGACAUAGGGGUGACACUGGUGCCCAGGGCCUUCCUGGGCCCCCUGGUGAGGACGGAGAGCGGGGAGAUGAUGGGGAGAUCGGGCCUCGGGGGCUGCCCGGAGAGUCGGGACCUCGAGGACUCCUUGGUCCCAAAGGCCCCCCUGGUAUCCCUGGGCCCCCGGGAGUCAGAGGCAUGGAUGGACCCCAGGGUCCCAAAGGGAGCUUGGGACCCCAGGGAGAGCCGGGACCUCCUGGACAGCAGGGCACCCCUGGGACCCAGGGUCUCCCUGGGCCUCAGGGUGCCAUUGGCCCUCAUGGCGAGAAGGGCCCUCAAGGGAAACCAGGGCUCCCUGGCAUGCCUGGCUCAGACGGACUCCCGGGUCACCCCGGGAAGGAAGGUCCUCCCGGAACCAAGGGAAACCAGGGUCCGUCUGGACCUCAGGGUCCUUUAGGAUACCCGGGACCUCGAGGUGUCAAGGGCGUGGAUGGAAUUCAGGGUCUGAAGGGUCACAAAGGUGAAAAGGGUGAGGAUGGCUUUCCUGGGUUCAAAGGUGACAUAGGCGUGAAAGGCGACAGGGGCGAGGUUGGAGUCCCUGGCUCCCGGGGAGAAGAUGGCCCUGAGGGCCCAAAGGGACGCACUGGACCCACUGGGGACCCUGGGCCUCCUGGGCUCAUGGGCGAGAAGGGCAAGCUGGGGGUUCCUGGCCUGCCUGGCUACCCUGGACGCCAGGGUCCCAAGGGGUCCCUGGGAUUUCCUGGUUUCCCUGGAGCCAGUGGAGAGAAAGGAGCCCGUGGCCUGUUGGGGAAAGCAGGACCUAGGGGGGAGCGAGGUCCCACGGGCCCGCGGGGCCAGCGGGGACCCCGAGGAGCCACUGGCAAGUCUGGAGCUAAGGGAACAUCAGGUGGUGACGGCCCCCAUGGGCCUGCUGGAGAGAGGGGCCUCCCUGGACCUCAGGGCCCCAAUGGAUUCCCUGGCCCCAAAGGCCCCCCGGGACCUCCUGGGAAGGACGGGCUGCCUGGACAUCCAGGCCAGAGAGGAGAAGUGGGCUUCCAAGGGAAGACGGGCCCACCUGGCCCCCCUGGAGUGGUGGGACCCCAGGGAGCAGCAGGAGAAAGUGGUCCCAUGGGGGAGAGAGGUCACCCAGGCCCCCCAGGACCUCCUGGAGAGCAGGGACUGCCUGGCACAGCUGGAAAAGAAGGGACCAAGGGUGACCCUGGCACCCCUGGGGCUCCCGGGAAAGAUGGCCCAGCUGGUCUGAGGGGCUUCCCAGGGGAGAGAGGCCUCCCUGGCACUCCUGGUGGCCCCGGUUUGAAGGGGAACGAAGGUCCAGCUGGCCCUCCUGGCCCUGCAGGCUCCCCUGGAGAGCGAGGUGCAGCAGGAUCAGGGGGACCCAUUGGCCCCCCAGGGCGCCCAGGCCCACAGGGUCCCCCAGGAGCAGCUGGCGAGAAAGGCGUCCCGGGUGAGAAGGGUCCUAUGGGUCCCACCGGCCGCGAUGGGGUGCAGGGUCCUGUGGGACUUCCUGGGCCUGCUGGACCCCCUGGUGUGGCAGGAGAGGAUGGUGACAAGGGUGAGGUGGGGGACCCUGGACAGAAGGGCACCAAAGGAAACAAAGGCGAACAUGGCCCUCCUGGACCUCCCGGACCCAUUGGUCCUGUGGGGCAGCCUGGAGCAGCAGGAGCUGAUGGGGAGCCUGGAGCUCGGGGGCCCCAGGGACACUUUGGAGCCAAAGGUGACGAAGGAACAAGAGGCUUCAAUGGGCCGCCGGGACCCAUUGGUCUGCAGGGCUUGCCAGGCCCCUCUGGGGAGAAGGGAGAAACAGGAGAUGUGGGUCCCAUGGGACCUCCCGGCCCCCCAGGACCUCGCGGCCCAGCUGGACCCAACGGUGCUGACGGCCCGCAAGGUCCCCCAGGAGGUGUUGGGAACCUCGGUCCCCCUGGAGAGAAGGGGGAACCAGGAGAACCAGGGUCUCCAGGGGUCCAGGGCGAGCCAGGUGUCAAGGGUCCACGUGGGGAGCGUGGGGAGAAAGGAGAGUCGGGGCAGGCGGGAGAGGCCGGGCCGCCCGGACCUAAAGGCCCCACAGGCGACGAUGGCCCCAAAGGCAACCCUGGUCCUGUCGGUUUCCCGGGUGACCCUGGCCCUCCAGGAGAAGUCGGCCCUAGGGGCCAGGAUGGUGCUAAGGGAGACCGAGGAGAGGAUGGCGAACCAGGGCAGCCUGGAUCCCCUGGUCCCACUGGGGAGAAUGGGCCACCUGGACCACUUGGGAAGCGGGGUCCUGCUGGCACACCUGGCCCCGAGGGGCGCCAGGGAGAGAAGGGAGCCAAGGGAGAUCCUGGUGCCGUGGGUGCCCCAGGGAAGACAGGCCCUGUGGGUCCUGCUGGCCCAGCAGGAAAACCUGGCCCUGAUGGGCUGCGGGGGCUCCCAGGCUCAGUGGGUCAGCAAGGCCGUCCUGGAGCCACAGGCCUGGCGGGGCCCCCUGGCCCUCUGGGACCCCCAGGGCUUCCUGGUCUCCGGGGCGAUGCAGGUGCCAAGGGGGAGAAGGGUCACCCAGGUCUCAUUGGACUGAUCGGCCCCCCUGGAGAGCAAGGAGAGAAGGGUGACCGGGGACUUCCUGGCCCUCAGGGCGCCGCUGGACAGAAGGGCGAGACGGGCAUCCCAGGAGCAUCUGGCCCCAUCGGUCCUGGAGGGCCUCCCGGCCUCCCCGGACCUGCUGGCCCCAAAGGAGCCAAAGGAGCCACAGGCCCGGCUGGACCUAAGGGAGAGAAGGGCGUCCAGGGCCCCCCAGGACACCCGGGGCCUCCAGGCGAGGUGAUCCAGCCUCUGCCCAUCCAGAUGCCCAAGAAGACUCGCCGCUCGGUGGACGGAAGCCGCCUGAUGCAGGAAGAUGAGGCCGUGCCUACUGGGGGUGCCCCCGGCAGUCCUGCGGGGCUGGAGGAGAUCUUCGGCUCCCUGGACUCCCUGAGGGAGGAGAUUGAGCAGAUGAGGCGGCCGACAGGGACCCAGGACAGCCCCGCUCGCACCUGCCAGGACCUGAAGCUCUGCCACCCGGAGCUGCCCGAUGGAGAGUACUGGGUGGACCCCAACCAGGGCUGCGCCCGGGACGCCUUCCGGGUUUUCUGCAACUUCACAGCAGGAGGCGAGACGUGCGUGACCCCCAGGGAUGACGUUACCCAGUUCUCUUACGUGGAUGCAGAGGGCGCCCCUGUUGGUGUGGUCCAGCUCACCUUCCUGCGUCUGCUCAGUGUCUCUGCCCACCAGGAUGUCUCCUACCCCUGCUCCAAAGUGUCCCCCGACAGUCCCCUGAGACUUCGGGGAGCCAAUGAGGAUGAGCUGAGCCCUGAUACCAGCCCCUACGUCAAGGAAUUCCGAGAUGGCUGUCAGACGCAGCACGGCCGGACAGUGCUGGAAGUGCGCACCCCGGUGCUGGAGCAGCUGCCCGUGCUGGAUGCCUCCUUCUCUGACUUGGGGAGCCCCCCGAGGCGGGGAGGGGUGCUGCUGGGCCCAGUCUGCUUCAUGGGCUAGGACCUUCUCCGUGUGACUUGUCUGACGCCACCGGGCCCACCUGAGAUCACACAGCAUUGGCUCUGCAUCUCCUCCCACCAGGACCAUGGGCCAGGACCCUGAGAACCCCAUCAGGGGCAGUCGGGGGAGGGUGCGAUUCCAGUGCCAGGGACACCGCAGGGGAGAGUGGCACUAGUGGCUCCCCAUCCUUCCACCUAGAGCCUGUGACUGUCAUCGGAGAGCUGAGACCCUUAUUUAAAACUCACCUGCCAACCACCCCAAACAAGUGGAAGAGAAAGGACACUGUGUAUUUUGUAUUUAAAAGUAAUUAUAUUAAUUAUUUAAAGAGCAGAAAGCACUAUAACAAAAAGGAUAAAGAGAGAAAUGCCAACAGAAGUCCCCUGAUGUUGGAGACAGGCUCUCCGAGGGUGGGCUGCACCCCACCUUUGCCUGAGGGCCUUCCUCAGUGACUGUGUGGGGGUGGCCCAGUGAACCCCACAUCCUACACCCCCCAGUACACCCACUGUGAAAGUUGGAACACAGGGUCUCCUCAGGGCUCUGACCCUCCCCAGGGUGGGGCCCCCUCCUCUCUUCCUGCCAGGGGUUGGCUCCCUGCCCCAGCCAGCUGCUGUCCCCUCACUGGGCUGGGUCUGGCAGGAACUGGCUGCUGCUGGAGGACCCAGUUAUGCUCCCAGGGAAGAUGAUACCGAGAUCUGUCCGCACUGGCGGAUAAAUCGCCAUGACCCAGCUCCUGGAGUACCCCACUGUUGUCCUGGUCACCCCAGACCUGCUCUGGACCCUUCCCUGAUCCCGCAAUUAAAAGGGUUAAUGUGUGGCUGGAGGCUGGCGGGACUCCGGAACCGCCUUGAGUCCCUGACUGACGGUUAAACAAAGUGAUUGUCUGCCCCCGUG